CUUGCGACAUCAUUUUGACAAAAAGUGGAUUAUAAAAUAAAUACAUAAAACGUUAUCAAAUCAUCAUUCCUUUUAUUUAUUUUUUUAAAUAUUUGUUUUAUUUUAUUUUUUUAGUCUUUCUUCUUUUAUUAUGUCUCAACCAACACAACAACUACCACAAGAUAUGUCUAAUUUGAUGCAUCGAAUGAAAGCACGAUUAGCAUUGGCCAAUUUCAAACGUGAACAUGGCUUUGAAAAUAUAGAUCUUCGAACGUUAGAAUCUAGUUUAUAUGAAGAUAAAUUAAAACCCCUUCAACAAGUUGCAAAAGUAACUACUAUUUCAUCACCUUUACUUGAUAAGAAACGUAAAAAACUUAUGUCACAUCAUCGAUUUUAUCCUACAUCACCACCAAUGCAACACAAUGAUAUGGAUAGGUUAAUAAAGAAAAACGCGUCAAGAUCACCUGCAAAUAUUCCUUUAUCAGAAACAAGACUUCAACAUCCUUAUAAACGACAUUAUUAUUCUACUACUCCUAAUGCAGUGAACACGACUACAUCACGUAAACUAUCAGCUACACUCUCUUCAGAUGAUGAAGAUGCUGCGCACCUAUUAGUUUUGAUGCAUCAAAGCCCAACCAUGAGUUCCUAAUUUAUUUUAUUUUAUUUUUAUUUAUUUAUUUAUUUAUUUUUUAUAUAUCAUUAGAAUUAAUUCUUCACUGUAAAUAUAUACUUGUUUUAUUUUAUUUAUUUUAUUUAUAUGCACACAUACAUCACCUUUUAUUUUGUACUCUUUAUUAUUUGAUGCAUGCAUGCUACUCCAUCCUUAUGUCUUCUUCAUCGGGAUUUUAAUAAAAAAACACUCUUUUUUUGGAUUUUUUUUUUAACUAUUAUUCUAUUUGUCAAUUCUUUUGUUCUAUUUCUUCUUUCUUCACAUUUU